GCGGUUGUAGAAACGAGCGUAGACGUUGCAGCGCGCGACCGUAGGACUUGCUCGAACCCUUUCUUUGAGAGCCGAAGAGGGAAUCCGAGAACUCUGUACGUAACGGGAGGGAGCGAGGAAGGACAACGGGCACGAAGAAUUCUGGCAGAGGUUCGCAGAUCGUGAAGGAAGGAGCUGCAGUGCUAUCAACGACGGUGAGCGGAUAGAAUCGUCGUUAGGGUGCCAGCAUGCCGCAGCGUCACUCCAAGAAUAACAAUGAUCUCGCUUUUUUCACCUACGAUGAGAGGAGGAAACUUGGAUAUGGCACUCAAAAGGAACGCCUCGGCAGGGAUUCCAUCAAGCCUUUCGACGCCUGCUGUAUUUGCCUCAAGCCUCUGAUCGAUCCUCUGUGCUGUAAUAAAGGUCACCUAUUUUGCAAAGAAUGCAUCUUCGAGUGUCUUCUUGCACAGAAGAAAGAUAUCAAGAGGAAACUGGCCGUCUACAUGGCACAACAGAAGCAAGACAAAGAGGACGAACUAGAGAAGAAGAACUUGCUCAGGGAAGCAGAGUUGGAUACUUUUGACAGGCAAAAUAAUAGUGCUGUACCCAACGUGGAUGAUCGAAGCAAUGCCUCCGAUCGAUCCGGGAGCGGGUUUCAUGGUGCUAACAGUGUAAAAGUGACUUCGUAUGAAGAGGAGGCUCUCCGCACGAUGAAGGCAUUUUGGUUGCCGUCAGCUACUCCUGAAGCACAAGAGAGGGUUCAGGCGCCUUCCACCGACACGUGUUGCCCCGAAGGAAAAGAGAAGCUAAAACUCAAGGAUCUCUUUUCUGUCCAUUUCUCUGACGUUCCUCACAGAGAGAAGAAAGAGCUUGACCUGGAUGGGGAUAGAUUUCUUUGCCCAUCUUGCUCCGUAACAUUCACCAAUACAUCUACACUGGUCGUGAUAAGCAGCUGUGGUCAUGUUUUUUGCAAAAAGUGUUGUGACCAGUUCAUAUCCAAGGACAAGGUAUGUCUGGUGUGUAGCCGGAGUUGUAAGAGCAGGCAUCUGGUAACAUUGGAGAAGGGAGGCACAGGUUUCUCGGGCCACGGGGAUGAUCUUGAAGCUACUACAUUUAAACACGUAGGAAGUGGCACCGGAAUGGGACUUUCACGUCCUACAACACGGCUGUAGAAUUAUUUUACUGUACAAUUGCAACCCAUUUUCCAAAUCUCAGAGGAGUCCUGCCGAAUGCAUAUUCACAUAUUCAGUCACUUGAACACUUUGUUAUCAGACGGGUCUCUCUCAUUCCCUGAUAUGCAAGCUAAGGAUCCAUGGGAGAGGCAGAUGCUUGAUGGUAGGUGAGGGUUUUGCCAUAAAAUAUUUUAGAAGGUGAAAUAUUUCUCACUACCAUACGAAACGGAUAUGAGUCUAAUCAGUCUUGUGAAGAAGACUGAGAAUCGUGACAUCUUUGGAAGGUGUAUGUGCAGGCCUUCUCGGCCCUUUUGCGGUAUAUCUCUUCUUUAUUUAAAACCAUGGUGCAAGUUCCGUCCUGGUUCCCCCUGAGUAGUGUUUCAAGUCCAGGUUUAAAGUGAAAAGUCGACCUUUCUCCACGACUGUUCGAAGGUCGAGAGGUUCAGAACACCCUGUAGGGAGAGCUUGUUACACUGAGAGUCCAGACAUGUUUAAGUUUGGUUGGGAAAUAAUUCAAUAUCGUCGCAUCGUUCCUAUCUACAGCCUCUGCGAAAUGUGUGUUAACUAUACAUGGAGGACAUCUAGCAUCUCUUACCAUUUUUGUAUAUGGCUUGUCAAAAUCGUCGAAUAGGUGAAGAGAAAUUGUGUUCUGUAAUCUUCUCCGAGUUCCUCACUCACCAAAUUGACUAUAUUCGUCCCCAAUAUAAAAUGAAGAUCAGUGAAUUUGAAAACAGAUGGAACUACGAGGUUCUUCGUAUGAGAUUCACAUGUUCUCAUUUGAUAUGAGCUCCUUCUGUGAUCCUCGUCUUGUCACGACUCGUGAAGUUCUUCAAAUCCGUACUAUAUUAUACCUCAAGCCUUUAAUUAUUAUUGUGGUCUACAUCGUCAUGCGCGGUCUGCGGAAGCAAACAGCGAUUUUUCACAGCAGGGAUAAUAAGCUUCUGAAUGGGGAUGUUGUCGACAAUGACCUCUAUCUUCCGAUUAGCGGUUAAAUUGGAUAAACCAGAAGACCUGGCCCGUGCGGAUGCCGAACUUGAAGAAUGCGGAAGGAAUAUCGGACGGGAUUCUGAGUGUGGGAAUUUGUAUUUGUGAAUUCUGGCCAAAGUUUGGGAGUAUCAAACAAGUCUUCG